GGAGAGUGUUUAGACUUCAGACCUUUGAACCUGCAGCAGAGGACAGGAACGGACAAACUAAACCGCUGCUCAACAUGUGUCUCCUGUCAAGCUUUUAUGUCCUCUUGGGUCUUUACAGCUGUCAUUCAGCUACAGUGUUUGUGGGGAAGGACGAGGCUCAUGGGGUUUUGAUCCGGACCAAACGGGCAAACGCUGGCUGGUUUGAGGAGCUGAAGAUGGGUAAUCUGGAAAGGGAGUGUCUGGAGGAGAAGUGUUCAUAUGAGGAGGCGCGGGAGGUGUUUGAACACACGGAGGCCACCAAUGAGUUCUGGAAGAACUACAAUGUUCAAGAUCUUUGUGGAUCAAAUCCAUGUGUGAAUAACGGGCUCUGCACGACUCAGAACGCAGAAACCUACACGUGUCUGUGUUCGCCGGGAUUCAGCGGACGCAACUGUGAGCAGGUGAUUAAAGUGGUUCCGGACUCCUGCCUGCAUGAUAACGGCGGCUGCGAGCACUUCUGCGUGGAGGACGGCGCUCAGCGUAACUGUUCCUGUGCGGACGGAUAUUUCCUAGGGUCAGACGGUCAGAGCUGCGUGACACACGAGGCUUUUCCGUGUGGGAAGAUUCCUCUUCUUCAGGCUGGAGACGCUGCUGCGAAUCCUCAGGCCGAUGUGAGGUCUCGUAUCGUUGGUGGAAGCGAAUGUACUAAAGGUCACUGUCCCUGGCAGGUGCUGCUGAAGUACGGUCAGAAGGGUUUCUGUGGAGGUGUGAUCUACAAAGCCACCUGGAUCCUCACAGCCGCCCACUGCUUGGAAAAACUCAGUGUCAGGUUCCUGAAGAUCGUCGCAGGUGAGCAUAACAUCGACGUGGACGAAGGCACAGAGCAGGUCAUCCAGGUGGAGCAGAUGCUCAUGCACCCGAACUACGUGUCCGAGACCUCAGACAACGACAUCGCUCUGCUGCGUCUGCGCAAGCCCAUCGUCUACAGCACGUACGUCGUUCCCGUCUGCCUGCCGCUGCGAGACAUGGCCGAGCGAGAGCUGUGGGCCGUCAGCAAGCACAUGGUGAGCGGCUGGGGCAAACGCAGCGAGGACGGGCCCACGUCACGCGUGCUGCGCCUCCUGCACGUGCCCCGCAUCCGCACGCAGGAGUGCGUCGAGAGCAGCAACGUGACGCUCACCAGCAACAUGUUCUGCGCCGGAUACAUCGAGGGCAAGCAGGACUCGUGUAAAGGGGACAGCGGCGGACCGCUGGUGACCCGCUACAGGAACACCACCUUCCUGCUGGGCAUCGUGAGCUGGGGGAGAGGCUGCGCCCGCCCGGGGUCCUACGGCAUCUACACGCGUGUCUCCAACUACCUGCAGUGGAUCCUCCAAGAAACGGCCAAUUACACGGCUACAACACAAUGAAGUGUUAAAGCACAGUGAAUCUUCUAUUUAUGUUUGAUCGUGACUGAUUCUCUUCUGUAUGUUUGAUAUUUUAUCCUUCAUUAUCUCAUUCACAAAUAAAUAAUUCAGUAGUGUG